UUUGCAGAAGAUGCACGCAAGACAGGUUCCCGUGUAUUACUGCAUUGUCAUGCUGGUAUCUCACGUAGUGCUACCAUCGCUAUCGCCUACGUUAUGCAGUACAAAUCGUUAUCACUACUUGAGGCAUAUAAACUGGUUAAAGUGGCACGACCAAUCAUAUCACCAAAUCUUAAUUUCAUGGGUCAACUUUUAGAAUUGGAACAGAAUUUAAGAUUAAGCGGUGUGUUAGCACCACUUUCGCCUGCUGCAGUCUCACCAGCAAUUAUAUCUAGUCAUGUUUUAGAUGAAGACGAAAUAAGAAAAUCGAAAUCAGAUAGUGAAGCUAUGGAUGAAGAUUGCUAUGCAGAAACAGAAGAAGAGAACAGUAAUAGCGGUAGCAGUAAUUGCUCGUCACGGCUAACAUCACCGCCUAUUACACCUGAAGAUGAAACACCCUGCACCUCAGCAGCAGCUGCAGCAGCUUGUUCACCAUCGUCAUCAUCUGCAUGUUCCUCAACGUCGUCGUCGUCAUCGUCGUUUCUCAGUACCAGUCGUUUAUCGAGAUUUAAACGCAACUCACCUGCCAAACUCAGAUUAAAUCUAGAAUCGACUUUCGCACCAAUACCCAAAUCGUUAUCCUGCAUAUCAAUACACAACACAAGCAUUAGCCCACAAAGUCGGGAUGCGCCCAUUGGCACUCCAAGCUGUGAAACAACGACUAUACCCACAUUGAUGGAUCACGAAAAUAAUAUCGUUGCUGCUACACAAUAAAAAAAAAAACAACAACAACAAUAACACAUUUAUACAAAUUCAAAGUUAAAAAUUGCUGUGAAUAUUUUUAUUAGAGAUUUUUUAUUAACGAGAAUUAAUAGUGUGGCAUAAAUAUAUACUAGAACUAUUACUUAUAUAGAUUAUAUGUAUGCAUAUGCGUAAUUUUUAACUUUUUAUAUAUACAUAUAUAGGGUAUAUAUGUACGACAUGAUGUACGCUGAUUUCAAAUUGUAGGGUACUUUAAAAACCUAAAGGCCGCAAAAUUUUUAUCUACAAAAAAUGAAAAUUAUUAAUUACAAAA